AACACCAGGAAACCACUGCUGAUGCUCCCAGUAGCACAAGGAACCUUCUGCUUCUGCUCCCAGUACAAGUAACCAGCUGCUGGUGUUCUUUCCUAACCACUUGUGCUGGUUUCCAGUUGAGCUGCACUUUGUUUAAAGUGAAGAUUCUGCGAAAAACAACAAAUUCUGCGCUCUUUGGUGAAACAGAAAAGUCAUCAGCGACUCAGCGGCGACCACCAGUCAUGUGACUAAAAUUCCUGAAGUUUUCGGCUGAAGUGCAGAUGAGCAUGGGCAUGGCCACAACCAGGUCUCAGCUGUGUCUGAAGCGAUUAUUGGACGAACCCCAAGACAAUCUUCUGAAAUGUAAACGAGUUCGCUUGGCUCCGCCUCCUCCCUCCAUCCUAUCACCAUGCCUCAGGCACACAAGCUCCGCCCCCAAGACCAGCCAGAGCCAAUCACCAUCCAGGGUGGGACCGUACCUGCUGUAUGAACGCUGUGAAAGGGAGGAGACCUACAGGGCUGUGCACGUGCACACACAGCAGCAGUACACGUGCCAGGUGCUCCCUCUGCGCGGUUAUCAGGAACGUUUGGCGGCGUACGACCGGGUCGGUCAUCACGACAACGUGUGCGGCCUGCUGGACGUGGUGGUCGGUCAGGACAGCGUGUACGUCUUCCUGCCUGGUCACCAUGGCGACAUGCAUGCGUAUGUGCGCAGCAGGAAGCGCCUGGGCGAGGAGGAGGCGGGGCUUCUGUUCGCUCAGAUGCUGAACGCCGUAAUGCACUGCCAUCGCCACGGCGUCGUCCUCAGAGACCUGAAGCUCCGCAGGUUCGUCUUCACCGACAGAUACAGGACUCGUCUCGCCCUGCUCGGCCUCGACGACUGCAUCCUCCUGCACGGUAACCACGACGACGACUCUCUGACGGACAGACACGGUUGCCCCGCCUACGUCGGCCCGGAGCUGCUGACCAAUGGCGGUGGGUCUUACUCGGGCCGGGCUGCGGACGUCUGGAGCCUGGGCGUGUCUCUGUACACCAUGCUGGUGGGUCGCUACCCCUUCCAGGACACGCAGCCCGCCGCGCUGUUCGCCAAGAUCCGCCGCGGAGCCUUCAGCCUCCCCGAUUGGCUGUCACCGCAGGCCAAGUGCCUGAUUGGGUGCAUGUUGAGGAAGUCGCCCAGCGAGAGACUGAAGGCAUCCGAGCUGCUCAUGCACCCGUGGUUAGCCAAUCCCGGUGUACCGCAUCACAGCGUGCACAAGAUGCAGCCGAACUCGACACUGCAGCUGAAGCAGGAGGACGUAGACGACCAGGUGGUGCCAACGUGGAGCGGAGAAUAAACACUCACAUGUACUGUAAUGAAUCCUGAAACUAAAACCGGAUUCAGACUUUAACGGGAAGUCUGAACCCUGAACCAGACCUUUAAUCCUCUGAACCCCAAAACCUCACGGCAGGUUUGGAAAUGAUAUGUAUUUAUUUUUUUUUUUAAACAUCAAGGUGACACCAUUUAUCGGAGCUGGAAACUGUAAAAACAGAAAGAAUCACCAGAUUGUUGGCUUUCCGACAGUCCUCGAAUUACCCAUCAGUGAAAUUUCAUCAAAUUCACUUUCCUCUUCAUGUCACAUUAAAAAAUAGCCAAAAUUAAACAGUUUUCAUUAAUCAGUUUCUGUAAAAAAAACACUAAAUUUUGAGUUUCUCACUGCAACCAUGAAGUCAUCAGUGACUCAGCUGUGACCAACAGUCACAAGAUAAAAAUUCAGGGACUUUUCGGUUGAACUGCAGGCAGUGUUUACACAAAGCAAAAACUAAUUAAAAAUAUAAACAGUUAAGUAUCUAUAGCAUGUAGAGCCUCCAUUUACUUUUUUUAUAUUUGGAAAAAUUGUAAAACUUGUUGAUUCUUGUUUUUUCCAGCCCUUGAACUACUCAUUGCUCUGUUGGAAAACGUAACCAAACCUUAGCUUAAAAUCAAGACAUUUUUUUUACUCUACAUCUCUCAUUUAAAAAAUUACCAGAAUUCAACAGUUUGCAUUAAUCAGUUUCUGUAAAAACAAAACAAAAAUAAAAAUUUUGAGCUUCUCACUGCAACUGUGAAGCCAUCAGUGACUCAGACGUGACCAACAGACACAUGACAAAAAUUCUGAAACUUUUUGGCUGAACUGCAGGCAGUGUUUUCACAGAGCAGAGACAAGUAAAUAAACUAAUUAAAUAUUUUUUUUAAAAACUAAAUAUCUAUGGUAUGUAGAGCCUCCAUUCAUAUUUACAGAAUUAGUCAAAUCUGUAGACACUUGGAAAAAUGUAAAACAUGUUGAUUCCAGGUUUUUUCAGCCUUUGAACUAGUAAGAAAACUUGAACAAAUCUUAGUUUAAAAUCGAAACAUUUCUUUAUUCUAUGUCUUUAAUUUCAAAAAUUGCCUAAAUUAAAUCGUCUCCAUUAACCGGUUUCUGUAAAAAACACUAAAUUUUGAACUUCUUACUGCAACCAUGAAGUGACUCACAUGACCAACAGACACGACAAAAAUUUAGGGACUUUUCAGUUGAACUACAGCAGAGAGAAGACAAGUAAAACAACUACUUACAGAUGUUAGUAGCAAAUUAUCUAUAAUACAAUAUUAGCUAUAGUAAAUUCCAGCUUUUUUAAUCCUCAUGCUAGUCCUGUGUGACAUGUGGUUCCAUCAGAAAACUGAACCAAACCUGAGCAUUUAAAACUCAUAACAGUUUGCAUUAACCAGUUUGUCAAAAACACUAAAUUCUGAGCUCCUCGGUGCAACCAUGAAGCCCUCACUGACUCAGUUGUGACCAACAGACCAAAAACACCUGUGUAGAAUAGAUAAUCAAAGAAAUUCAACUUUUUUUCAUAUGAUUUACGGCAUUCUGUGUCAAACUGCACAGAAGACAUUUUUGAGCAUUCUUCAUGGUUCUGUUUCCACAGAGGUGCAGGACUUUAGAUUGCAGUGAAAAAUGAGCCCACAGUGAAGAAAAAUGUAACAGGAGUGAAGAAAUGUGGAGUUCAGAGGGUUAAAGCGACUCCCCGCUAUACAAAACCUCGUCGGUCUCCACAAAUAUCGACAUACAAAAGCACAGAAACACAACAGACUGAUCCUGGAUUACUUGACCCUCAGGUGCCUUCAUCCUUCUGUAUCUCAACAAGGUCUCAACCUGCUGCUUCUCCUCCACAAAAACCAGAACUGACGGUGUGUUCAGGUGCACCUCGACAACUCACAAAGCUGAAAAUAUCCCAGUCUGUGCCAAUCAGGUUAAAGGAACGUGUGCCCAUUUAAAGUCCAGCAGUUAAUGUCUACAGUACGCAGAUUUCUUGGAACUGGGUUUUAGUGAUUGUUGUUGGGAACAAGAGAAAUCUGAUUCAUUCAGGUGGAUUUCUUGGUCUUUCUUGGCUCGCAACUCCUAAAAAAGACUGAAACAUCACUUUCUUCCAGUUAAAGCAUGCUUCCAGAGAAAAGAAAUCUGACUACUGCUCUGCUGCAUGUUUACACAGAUUUAUGCUAGAAUUAGUGUUUUUAUUGAGGGCAUAUAAAAAUACUUUAGUGUGUUCUGCUGUGAUGAAGAAGACAAGAGUUUUUGAAGACACCAUCUAAUUAAAAAUGUGUAUUUUAGAGUUGUUUUCUCUCCAUGUUUACACUUCUGGUUCUUGCCUGUCAUUAUAAGACGCCACCAGCAACACGCAUAUAUUCUGGAAGACAGAAAGAACCAGAGAAAUGACACUAAAGGCGCUGAGCAGAGACCGUGAACGUAGCACAAGUGUUCAAAACAUUCUUCUCAUGAUCUUGUAAAUUUCAUACCAGUUAUCUCAGGAUAAAAGCUUUUUUUUUUUAAUAUAAUUUGCUCUAAAUUCUGAUUUUGUGGUGCUCAAAAGCAGUUAAUGUAAAAUAAAAAAAACAAGUACCACAAUUAUUUUUGUCUAGUUUUGAUGGAAAUCUAUUUAAAUUUUGAUAUUAACUGAUGGUCCCUUGAUAUUUUUAUAUAUUUAAUCCAAUGGCAGGUUUUGAAGGCGUUUUGUUUCUGCAAAAUAACCAGAAUUACGUCACAGAAUCAUUGGAUUUUGAAGUUUCCUACUGUUCUUGAACUGGUUCAAAAACGUUCAUCAUGCCUUCUUGUUGAUACUUUACUUUCUGAUUCUUUUGUUCAGACAUUUGUUCAGAUGCCUAAUGUCUGAACGAAAGAAUCAGAAACUAAUGUUCUUGAAGUGCUUGUGUAGUUUGAAAAUUACCCAAGUCUGAGCUUUGCUGUGAUAUUUCCUCAAAAUCACUUUAUUAAUGUCUCAUUCAAAAAAAAUUACCAAAAAUAAAGACUUUGUUCUAAAAAGAUUCUGUAAAAAACAAAAACUUCUGAGUUUAUUGGUGUAACCGGUAAGCCAUGAAUGACUCAGCUGAGACCAACAGUCAUGUGACAAAAAUUCAGGGAGUUUUCGUCUGAACUGCAGGCAGUCUUUACACAAAGCAGAGAGGAGACAAGUUUGAACGCUGUAAAAUGUAAGUAGUAAAAUGUUUGGAUUUAGAUAUUCUAGUUUGCAGUAUUUUCCAGUAUUGUUAACAUGUGGGCACUUGCAAAAAAAAAAAAAAGUUGAACAUGUUUCUGGGUUUUCUGAUUUUUUGUAAAAAUAAAUAUGCAACAAAAAUCAA